AUCACCAUCACAGCUGCUGAACUAUUUAAGUGCGCAGGAGGUAAGGCCAUUUCAUCUGCGAGACUUCUGGGGAACUUGUGUUUGCAUUUCUAUGCUAGUUAUUAGUUCUGUGAACAUGUGGCUGUUUAUCGCUGUGCUGCUGGUGUUGAGCUGUCCAGCCGGCAGGUCUGAAGUUGUACAAAAUUUCAAUACAUGUAGUGAGUUUUUCUUUAAAGAACAGGCUCCGGUGAUUCCUGGCAUCCUGGAUCCGAACUCUGAGCAUGCUCGCUACAAAAAAAUCUGUCAAAAAUACAAUUUCACCGGUGCUGGUUCAGGAUAUAGGUAUGCAACUCUCUACGACACAGAGAGCAGGAUUCCUGUUUUCUCUGCGUACAAAUACACUGGAAACGGAGAUUUCAGAAGACCAAGGAUUCGAUGGAUGAUCGAGCCGCAGCUUGAUCCUCGUGUUGUUGGCAUGGCUGUUCCAUAUAAUAAUCAGGCCAUCAAUGAAGACUACACCAAUAACAGCUAUGGAGUGAAUUGUGGUCACUUAUUUCCCAGCUGUCACGCAGCUAAUGAAUUCACUGCCAAAUCUACAUUCACACUCACCAACAUUGUACCACAGAAUAUUGAAUUUAAUGCCGGCGGUUGGAAUCGCAUUGAAAACGAGACCAGAGAUAGCAUGAGUACACAUUGCUUUGACAAUAAUGAUAACGUUUUAGCCCAUGUGCUGACCGGAGCUUUACCUGGCGUAAACAAACUAAACGAUAGAGUGAACAUUCCCUCUUACAUGUGGACGGCAUUCUGCUGCUAUAACAGUAGAACAAGUUUGUGGGUCUCUCAAGCUUACUGGGCCCCAAACAGACAAGAAAACCACAAUGAACCGAUCAGUAAAAAGACCCUGCAGGAAUUACUGGAAUUUCUGAAUGAAAGCUGGGUAAAAAACGUAAAGCUGUUUGAGGACAAAUGUAACUAAUGUCUCAAAAAGCAUCAGUUGGGUUAAAAAAAACCAUUGAAUUAUUAUUUCUGAUGU